AUGUUUGGGGAUGCAAAGAGCGACAGAGUGUUUCCGAGCCGCUUAGCGUUCAUCAAGUCUAUCUUCAAGCCUCACGUUGAUCAACUUUUCCCUUUCUACGACCAUGCCCGCUUCUGCUACGGGAAAGCUGCUCAAACGCCUUCACGCCGUGUACAACUCCAAACAGUUUAUAAUGACGCCGCCUAUAUGACUCAACAUCCUAGAGGAUCGGGACGUUUGUACAACUGUGUGGUGGUGGACGGUUCCUACAUUGUCUUUGACCCAGCUGCACCAAAGAUACUUCUCACACGUGCCGAGAUUGAAGAUUUACUGCGGCAGGAAUUUAACGCCGCUCGUGACGAAGCUGAUAUGGGGCAGAUUCGAUGGUAUGCCUGUUCCCCGAAGAACCGUGUCCUAGCGAAAGAACUUCAAGCCCACCAGCACCUCGAGUUGAGCGGCGAUGCCUGGAAAGUGAGACGUGGUGAGCGUAAUCCGGAUGUGAAAUAUACGCUGACAGUAGACAGAAUCAUCCAGUGCGCCAGAGAGACCCUUGACACACCAUCGACAUCGAACGAACCUAACAACAUGUUCUCGCGGGCGUGGCAGCUGUACCAGGAGACUGUGGAGACCUCGAUUCGAAUGCUUCAAGUACAGUCGCAAUAG